GUCAGACACGUGAUUAGUUCAGUAUGGAGGAGCUGUCCGCCGCUUUCUGAAUGACUUUCUGGUUUUAGGCGUCCGGUUCCAAGCCGCCGCAGCGCGGAUGCUUCAUGAGCAGAAAAGCCGCGCGCUUCGCCUCCAGUCUGGCAGUUAGCUGGAAGACUCCUUCGAGGUCUCCUCCAGAUUGGGUGGAACAUGACGAUCACUGCCUCUUCCAAAGAAAUUAACUGACACCCCUACUUCUCUCCUCGGCUUCGCUGUCAAGUAAAGGGCUGCAGAACGAUGAACUCUCACAGGCGACAAAUGGACGUGGGCACAGCAGCGCUCCCCUCGCAGGUUCCCUCUGCCACCUCAGCCAUCCUUCCCAUGGACCUGCGCAUUGUAGACCACUCUCACCACCACCACCAGCAGCCUCCCUUCGGCCUGGUGUCCCAGCCCCACCCCCACUCCACGCCAGCACCCUCCACUGCCUGCCCUGCAUCAUCUGAGCCAGGCAACGGACCAAUUAUUGGACGUCAGGACCAGCACCUGCAACAGGAACUGGUGGCUCUGAAGCACAAGCAGGAGCUCCAGAGGCAGCUACUGAUCGCCGAGUUUCACAGGCAACAUGAGCAGCUGUCCCGACAACAUGAAGCCCAACUGCAGGAACAUAUUAAGAGUCAACAGGACCUGCUGGCCCUCAAGCAUCAACAAGAGCUGUUGGAGCAUCACAGGAAGAUGGAGCAGCAACGUCAUGAGCAGCAGCUGGAGAAGCAGCAGCGAGAACACAAACUCCAGCAGCUUAAACACAAGGAAAGGGGACAAGAAAGUGCUGUGGCCAGCACAGAGGUAAAGAUGCGACUUCAGGAGUUUGUCCUGAACAAGAAGAAAACCCUGGCUCAGCGAAACCUAAACCACUGUCUGCCCAGUGACCCACGCUACUGGUAUGGCCGAGUCAGGAAAUUGAAGCUUCAUUUAAGGAAAACUCAGCAUAGCUCUUUGGAUCAGAGCUCACCCCCCCAAACAACACUGUCAGCGUACACCCAUCCAGUGCUGGGAGCGUUCGACUCAAAGGACGACUUUCCUUUGAGGAAAACAGCAUCCGAGCCCAACCUGAAGCGUCGUUCGUGGUUAAAGCAGAAAGUGACGGAGCGCCGAAGCAGCCCUCUGCUCCGCAGGAAAGAUGGACAAAUCACUAGUGCCAAGAAGAGAUCCCUCGACAUCGCUGACUCUGCAUGCAACAGUGCACCAGGCUCGGGCCCCAGCUCCCCCAACAACAGCUCCAGUAACAUCCCCAGUGAAAACGGCGUCCCCAUCUCUAACAGCCCAGGAGAGGCCUCUCUGAUUCAGAGGCUGGCUUGCAGGGAGGGUUCGAUCAGCCAGCUGUCUCUCUACUCAUCGCCUUCUCUGCCCAACAUUACUUUAGGACUGCCCGCCUCGGGCCCUGCAAGCUCUGUGGUAUCGGGACACCAAGAUGGCGAGAGUCAUUUGUCGCUGCCAGCGCUUCAGCCGGGCAUUCCACUGACCCCGGCUUUUCUGCCCACCUCCCACCUGCCAUCCUACUUGGCCUCAUCAGCAUUGGAAAGGGAGGUUCCUGGAGGGGUCGCGGCUGGCCACAGCCCCCUCCUCCAACACAUGGUGCUAAUGGAGCAGAGCCACGGAUCAAUGGUCGGUCUUGGUGGCCUCCCUCUCCAGUCUCCCACCGUCUCCAAGCUGGUGCGUGGCCACCGUCCCCUGGGAAGGACCCAGUCGGCGCCUCUCCCCCAGCAGCCGUGCGGACAGGCCCAGGCUCUGCAGCAGCUGGUGGUCCAGCAGCAGCACCAGCAGUUCCUGGAAAAGCACAAACAACUGUUCCAACAGCAGCAGCAACAGCAGCACAUCAUCAAUAAGAUUAUGUCUAAGCCCAGUGAUCAGGCUGCAGUUUCUGGGACCUCUGUGCCCGGUAGGCAGCAUCAGAGCCACCCAGAGGAGACAGAAGAAGAGCUCAGGGAGCACCAGGGACUUGCCUUGUCCUCGUCAUCAUCGUCUACUUCAUCUGGACCAGAAACAGGGUUGAUACGGGGUUUGGUCAUCAAGCAGGAACCUCCAGACCUCCAAGAGCAAGAAGAGAGGGAGCAACAGGACCACAGGGAGAGACAGGCUGAGGGAGACUUCAUGUUUAAACAGCAAGCGAUGCUCUUAGAGCAGCAACGCAUCCAGCAGCUGAGGAGCUACCGAGCCUCCAUGGAAGUAGCUGGGUUACCAGUCAACAUGGCUGCACACCGUCCUCUGUUCAGGACUCAGUCGUCUCCGGCGUCUGCUUCCUUUCCUAUUGCAGUCCAGGAGCCACCAGUGAAGCAUCGAUUUACUACAGGUCUAGUGUAUGACUCCUUGAUGCAGAAACAUCAGUGCAUCUGCGGCAACGCCACCAUUCAUCCUGAGCAUGCCGGCCGAAUUCAGAGUAUCUGGUCCCGGCUGCAAGAAACGGGCCUCAGGGCUCAGUGUGAGUAUAUCCGUGGUAGAAAGGCCUCACAGGAGGAGCUCCAGACGGUGCACUCUGAGGCCCACGUCCAGCUGUAUGGGACCAACCCGCUGCGACAGAAACUAGACUGUUCUGUGAACCCCAUGUUUGUGAGGUUACCAUGCGGAGGCAUCGGGGUGGACAGCGACACAAUAUGGAAUGAGAUCCAUUCAUCCACAGCUGCUCGUCUGGCCGUCGGAUCUGUGGUGGAGCUGGUUUUCAAAGUAGCAACGGGGGAGCUGAAGAAUGGUUUUGCUGUAGUACGACCACCUGGACACCAUGCUGAAGAGAGCACACCUAUGGGCUUCUGUUAUUUCAAUUCUGUCGCCAUUGCAGCCAAGCUCCUGCAGCAGAGGCUUAAUGUCAGCAAAAUCCUCAUUGUUGACUGGGAUGUGCACCACGGUAAUGGCACCCAGCAGGCCUUCUACGCAGACCCCAGCGUGCUUUAUCUAUCCCUGCACCGCUAUGAUGAUGGGAACUUCUUCCCAGGCAGUGGAGCCCCAGACGAGGUGGGCAGCGGUGCGGGUUUGGGCUUCAACGUGAACAUGGCAUUUACUGGAGGGCUUGAACCUCCCAUGGGAGAUGCAGAAUAUCUAGCUGCCUUCAGAACGGUGGUAAUGCCCAUCGCCAACGAGUUUGCCCCAGAUGUGGUUCUGGUGUCCUCUGGCUUUGAUGCAGUGGAUGGACAUGCCCCUCCUCUGGGAGGAUACAAACUUACCGCCAAAUGCUUCAGCUACCUGACCAGGCAGCUGAUGGGCCUGGCCGGCGGUCGCUUGGUGCUUGCCCUGGAAGGGGGUCAUGACCUCACAGCUAUAUGUGAUGCCUCUGAAGCCUGCAUUUCUGCUCUGCUUGGCAAUGAGUUGGACCCCAUUCCUUUUGAGGUGCUGCAGCAGAAACCAAACGCCAACGCUGUGCGCUCCAUGGAGAAAGUAAUCGAAGUUCAAAGUAAAUAUUGGCGUUCCCUGCAGCGCUCUGCUUCCACACUCGGCUGUUCUUUGAGCGAAGUGCUGCAGCACGAUGCGGAGGAAGCUGAAACUGUCUCAGCCAUGGCAUCAUUGUCUGUCGCCAACAAGCACAUCGGAAAGAGAACUGAAGAGGAGCCAAUGGAGGAAGAAGCUCCGAUGUAAAAGAAAUAAACAUGGUUAUUCUUCGACCACCAAGAGCUGUGUUCAGCAUUGAAAGGCUCCUCAUCCGUCAGUCAGUCUGGAUUCCUAGUAUGUUUCUUUGUGUCACUACUGUUGGACCUGGUCGUACCCCUCGAAUGACACCAGGAGCUGAAAAAAGUGGCCUUUGAAGUGGAAGCAGACAGUAAAAGAUGAGCUCACGCCAGUUAGUUGCACACGGUUCACAUUCUAUUCGUUGGACACAAGCGCCAGUUAUCCAUCCCACAGAGUCACCCUCCAGCACCGGUGAUUUUUAAAAAUUUUUAAACACUAAACUUGUACAUUUUGACUGCAUGUCUGAACCAAACUGAUACAUACAGCAGUCUUCUACUUAUGUUUUUUUUUUGUGAAUUAUCAAAAGCACCUGAGCUGUUAUUAACUCUGCACUAAAGGAUGGAUUCCAGCUUUUUUAAGGCAUCCAGCUGAGAGGGAAAAACACGUUGAGUACCCUUCAUAUUUUCCGAGGUAAAGUUACACUUUUUCCAAGGAUUCAGACAGUUUCUGAGUGUUUGUGCCUUUUUUUUGUUUCGUUUUGAAAUGAAUGGAUUUUCUGUUGAGCUCCACUUAUAGAGCUUUGCCUUAAGUAUGGAUUUUGGAUCAAGAAAUCUUCUCAGCAUCUACUUAGAAGUUUCUAUCCUGGCAAGACAUGAGCUGCCUGCAUGUUUCUGGCACAUAGACUCGAAGGCAUUGGCAUGUUUACCUGUAUUAUUCUGCAAGCAGUCUACUAUCUUUCCCUCCAUUUCCUUAAGUAUUCUUUCCUUUUUGUAAGAUCAUGGAAGGUAGUUCUCAGACAAAAGUAGGAGACAAGUUUAUGAAUGCUAAAAAGAAGAGGCUAUUAUGUUUUGUGGAUAAAACUAUCUACUUUUUUUUGCCAUUAUCAACAUAAAGAGUGGUAAAGGAAUGGGUUGAUACAGUAGAAUUUCUGCCGCAUUUCUAAGAUUAUUAAAGAGUGUAAUUAGCCUCAUCUGGGCCAAUUUGUUUUAACCGUCCCACCUGGGAUUCUCCAGAGGGGUUUUCUGGAGCUGUUGUUACUCUCACAGCUGGUUAAGCAUCUUUAAGUCCUCGUUAGAAACACAUCUGCUACCCAAAUGUCAGGUGCUGUGGAGCAGGUAGCCGAACAUCCCCAACUGGUCAUGUAUAAUGAAAUGCAAGCUGUUCUUCAUCAAUAUGAAGCAGUGCACACACCAACUAUGAUUGUACAUUUAUAACCAAUUUAAGAUUUAUUGGAUCAGAUUUUAUGUUUCCUGUCCUCCAUUUUUUCGUGUCUUUAAACAUCAGAGGUUUGUUUGUAAGGCUACAUUAUCCACUAGGGGGCAAACUGCCUAAAGUGGCCUCAGGAUUUUAUUUUGAAAGCGAGAAGCUUCAGACUCAAUGCCACUCUGAGAUAUAAGCCGAAACCAUUUCUGGUUUAUGCAUAACGGAAAAAAGCGCUGUUUAAUUUGUACUGUUGAUUGCAGUCUGCAAGUUUACCACUAGAUGGCAAUAGAACAGUCAACUAGUGCUUAUAUCUUUCUAAAUCCAGGAUUAUGUUUAGUUUGUGCAUUAUGGACACGGGGAUAUGUUUAAAUUGUUAUACUUUAACAACAUUUUAAUUUAAAAACUGAAUAUAAAAAACAUGCUUGAUGCAACAUCUUUUUUUUCAACGUUUCAACCAUAUAUCUAUUAUUUUCCUCAAGUAUGGGAAAACUACCUUCUGACUUUUUCCUCUCUGCAAUUCACACAAUUGUGGUUUUGUGAGCAUAAAGCACUGAUCUGAGGAGUCUUACCACAAACCAUAAUAUCAUUAAUUCCUGUGCUGUUUAGUGACAUUUUAUGACUUUUUGUGGAAACCAUUCACACUUUUUCUCUGUUACUUUGUAAAGCCGACCCACUUCAGAAGAGGUGAGCAUUCAGACUGUUUCAUAAUGGACAUUAUAUGCCAACAUUUUUGGGUUUGUGGAUUAUUUUUGGGGGGAGGGCAGUCAGGUUGAUGAAAACGUUUCUACUUUGUAAAUUGAUGGAUAAUUGUGUAUUUAGUGUCUGUUUAUAGUAGAUUUAUAUAUAAGAGAAACUAUAUUAUAUAUAUUAUAUAUAUAUAUAUAUAUAUAUAUAUAUACAUAUUGAAUACUUUGAUCUUUACAAAACAACACUGAUGGUUUCUAUCGGUCUUAUGUGCUGUCGGCCCUUUUUAAUACUGUUACUGAAGGCACCUUGACUGUCCUAUCAAUGUUUAUAGCAUUUUCUGUCACUUAUUUAUCUGUACCACAAACACUGUUACAGUAAGCCCCACAUAUUUGUGCACAUAUCUGUACCAUUCAAUGUGCUGGAUGCUGUGUUUCUCUUUAGUUUUAGAACAGCAAUCUGUCUGGGGGGGUGGACCAUUAGUGAGAAAUUUGACUUUCCUUAUUUUCCCUGUUUCUCAAUCUUUGAACCAUUGCUCUUUAGAGAGGUAUAGACAGUCAGUUGUUCCUGCAGACUCUAAAACUGAGAAAUUGAUGAUGGAGUUCUUUGUUAAUAACCAUAAUAACUAUAAUAUACACAGUUGCAAAAAUGUCACCUAUUUAAAUUAACAUAUUCAAAUUAAUUCCUCUUCAGUUUAAGCCUUUUUUUUUUUUUACCUCUUUUCCAAACAAAAGUCAUUCGGGGAGUUCCACCUGCAGGAUAGAUACUAACUGCUCAUGUUCUCUUUACAUAACCCCAAUUAAAGAAUCUAAGGCUGACCUUUUAAGGUUAAUAAGAUCAUCCUCAUUAGUUCCUUAAAAUAAUAAGGUGUAAUCAGUUAUCUGCUCCUCAGUUUUUCUUUGCAAUUAAAUCAAGUUUUCCACAUUUCCAGACAUUAUUCUCAGUUUUAAUUUUUUUUUUUUAACCAAUUUAAAAUACCAAAGCAGAUAUUUUUUAAUCUCACUAUCAAAAAACUGUUAGAUAUUGAAUUUUUUUUUUUGGG